CGUGACAUCAUCGUCCUCAUCUCUAGCCUUAAUGCCUGUGCGCCCCAGGCAGAACAGCAAUCGAUCGUCAGAUUGUCUCAGAAGCUGCUUGUACAUCCUCAAACUUGUCGUGCCCCUUUGCAGCAACGAAGCGACUCGUUCACACGCAUGCUGCUCGGUCGUUACGUUGCACGCGAUGGCGGCAGGACUGCUCAUCUGAACUCCUCCUAGCCUCAAAUCCUGAUCGCAAAGAAUGCUCGUCUUCGCCUCCGUCCUACUCGUCGUCUUCGCCGUCGUCGCUCGCGCGGCUACCGUGCCAGUCUCCGAUGUCAUCUGUACGUGCGGUUCGUGCCUGGUGUGCGUUGCUCAGAAUACCCUCAGAUGGCACGUCUGGCCAAAUCAUUGCCAUCCAAGCACCCUUCGGCGCCUUUCCCUACACGCCUUGUCAGACCCAUGACAGUGUGAGCUGUCUCCUGACCGACCAUCCAGAGAAGAUUGGCGUCCUGAUCGAUCAGACCAUUCCCACCAAGGUUGUUGAAGACCCGUCUGGCAAAGCCGUCGAUUGCGUCGUCAUCACGCUUGCCGAGUACAACAAAGUCUGCAAUCCCGGCAGCGGUGAAGAGCAUUGAUGGCCUCUGACUUGAUGCAUGCAUGUCACUUUCUGGAUGAUAUGAGGGGCCUUCAUGAGCCCUACUCGGUCUAUGCCAGAGCGGAUGUAUACAUCGAUGCAGCCUCAAUUGA